AUGAAACCACCAAUUGCGCAUAACAUCACCAACAUACUACCCUCAUCAACUAAUCCUUUGGCCAAUUUGACCGCCGACGAUGACCCAACUGCUGGCCUAGACCUACCCCUGGACCCUCCUCUUGGUGCACACACCUAUAUAGACGGAGUUAUUCAUCACCCCACUGCCAGCGACCUACAUCACGUUGACUUUGCUGCCAUCUCCAACGUAGCACUGGCCGCCCCCACUGGUGCAUGCAUAGAGAGUUGUUGGUGCAAAGGCAAGGAGGUUUUGGUUAGUUCCUUGGCUUUAGCUCAAUCACUUGAUUUGCGGCCAAUUAAUUUAUCUCCUAAUUUUAGUGUUGCUGAACCUAGACAUUAUAUAGAACCACGUGCACAAACAAAUAUUGCAAGAGAUUUUGUUGCUACACGUGAGGAUAAGCAUGAUAAUGGGGAUUCUUUGGCUUUUGGCCAUAAAAAUGGGCAUGUUGUGCAUGAUUUACCACCCAUAAGUGAUACCAUAUGCCAGCCCCAUAAUUCGAAAGAUAAGCAUACUCAGCCCAUCUCUUAA